AGCAGCUGACUCAGAAGGGGACGGAGCUCGGAGCCCGAUCGGAGCCGCCUGCUGCGCCCAGCCCCGCCGCGGAGCCCCCGCCCGGUACGGUACCCGCCGCCUGUCGCUUCCGAGGGGGCUAGAGAGCAGGGAGCCGGGCCGAUCGCCCGCCACGCGUGGGGGCUGCGCUCGGGGAGCAGAGCCCGGCCGGGGACCCCCCCACGCCGCGAGGAGGAAGAGGAGCGAGGGGGCGAGGAAGAGGGAGCGUUUCUGGAAGUGAAACCGAGCCGUGGACUGGUCUCGGGGGCGGCCUGGGAGGGGAGCCUGGAGGAUCUGCCUUGACCCCCCCCCUUCACCGUAACCAGCUUUCCUGCCUCAGCAGCCCCCAGCCCCCUCUGUCUGUGUAGGCCGGGGCGCCGCGUGCUGAUCUGGGGUCGCGUGGCUGAUGUGUACCAAAAUGGAGCAGCCGUUCUAUCAUGACGACUCCUUUCUUUCCGGCUACGGGCGUGCAGAGCUGAGCGGGCCCCCGGACUACAAGGCGCUGAAGCAGAACAUGGCCGUCAACCUCUCGGAGCCCUGCCGGGGCCUCAAGGCGCAGCUGCACCUCCGGGGCCAGGCGGCCGAGGAAGGAGGCGCCUUCUACGCCCCCGCCGGCCUGCCCGAGGCGGGCGCCAACGCUUCGCUCAAGCUGGCCUCGCCGGAGCUGGAGCGGCUCAUCAUCCAGAACAGCAACGGGGUGAUCACCACCACGCCCACCCCGGGCCCCUACUUCUACCCCCGGGGGGCCACGGAGGAGCAGGAGGGCUUUGCCGACGGCUUUGUGAAGGCCCUGGACGACUUGCACAAGAUGAACCACAUGCCCCCGCCCAACGUCUCCAUCGGCGCGGCCGCCUCGGUGGCCAGCAGCGUCUACGGGGCCUCCCUCCAUCAGGAGCCACCCCCCGUCUACACCAACCUGACCAGCUACAACCCCGGCACCAUGACCACCUCCUCCAGCUACCCCACCGCCAACCUCAGCUACUUGCCCCAGACCCACGCCUACGGGGGUCACUCCUUGGCCACCUCCCUCCCGUCCAGGGUGCAGGUCUUCAAGGAAGAGCCUCAGACCGUGCCGGAUGUCCAGUCGCCUCCCGUGUCUCCCAUCAACAUGGAAGAUCAGGAGAGGAUCAAGGUGGAAAGGAAGCGGCUGAGGAACCGGCUGGCGGCUACCAAGUGCCGGAAGAGGAAGCUGGAAAGGAUAGCCCGGCUGGAGGACAAAGUCAAGACGCUGAAGACGGAGAACGCGGGACUGUCCAACACGGCUAGCGUCUUGAGAGAUCAGGUGGCCCAACUCAAGCAGAAAGUCAUGAAUCACGUGAACAAUGGGUGCCAGUUGCUUUUGACUGUUAAAAUGCAAUCCUUCUGAACGCCCCUCCCCCCCAAUGUUAUUUAAGAGACUUGUGUGUAACUGGACUCCCCGUUGGAAAGUUUACAUGACCAUUAUCUCGCCUUCUGUAGCGUUCUCACACAUUGGACCAACCUGUGCAUGCAACUUUGAAGACGAUUCUCGGCCUCCUCCUGUCUGUUGAUGGUUGUAUUAUUAUUAUUUUUUUGGACGGGAGGGGUUUGUAUUUUGCUCUCUGCUGGAUUCAGAAUAUGUGCGUAUUGCCUACAAUUGUGUAUGUGUGAGUGUAUUUAAAAAUGGAACAAACCAACAAACUUGUUGCAUAGCUGGAUAGUGCGGCAAGAGGUACUUCGGCGCAGGGAACUGAAUUAAGGGGCCAGGACUUUCCUUAACUUAAAACAGAACGAACAAAAAAAAAUCUGAUACUUGACAUUGACCGAUAAGAGAAACUGACUGCCACACCGUAGAACUGCCUAGCCCACGAAAGGAAAUACGGCUUCUUUACUUUACUUCUGUGGUGGUUUGUUUUUUUUUUAAACAAAAGUCCUUGAAUUUAUUUUGUUUUGUGUGUUUAAAAAAGUUGAUUGUAUUUGUGUUUGACUUUUUAUUGACCUUUUAUUUAAGUAAAAAAAAAAAAUGUUCUCUAA